AUGUUUUCAAGAGCUACCUUAUGGCGUCGUAAAAAGCGACUUAAAGAAAUUCUUAGUCAGAGAUUAGCAAAUACUGUGUCAACAUUUGAUGAAAACUUUCUUGGCUCAACAUCACCAGACUUCUUUCACGAUACUAACCUAGAAACUUCAUCAGAUGAAGCAAACUCGUUUAAUCAUAUCGAAAGUCAAUCUCAUUUUUCUAUGUCUAGCUAUCACUACAAUAUGCCAAAAAUUGACGAUGAAUUAGAUGAUGGAUCGGAUUUCUACGAUGAAAAAAUGUGGCUUGAAGAAAACGUGACCGAUACUGAUCUGUGGAAAAAUGUAGAAUUCGAACCAGCAUAUCCUGUUUUAGAGAAUGAAUUUUUAUUCAACGAAAUUAGUCAGAAACCGGCGGAAAAAGAUAUUGCUGCAGCUCUCGUUUUAUUGAAGCUCCGUCAUCGAAUUUCAAACAAGGGAAUCAAUGAUUUAUGCAAAUUAUUGAAAAUUAUGAAAACACCAAACACUCCGGCCAAUUUUUCUCGUGUGAAACGACUUUUUCUACCAAAUUCUUCUCCAACACCUUCUUCAUUAAUCACUUAUAUAUGUUCAAUUUGCUGCGAAAUUUCAACAUCAUCACAUAAUUGCAACAAUGUAAAUUGCAAUCAACAUUCAUGUUUUCAUACAGCUCCACUGAAUUAUUUACGAUUACCAAUACUUCCACAAUUAAGAGAAAUUCUCGCUCAUGCAAAAGAAUUAAAUUUUCAACAACAGCGAGAAUUCUCUCCGGAUAUUGAAAUGAUGAAUGAUAUAUAUGAUGGAGAAAAAUAUCAGAAUAUAAUUAAAAAUGAAAAAGGACAAAAGUUUUUAACUCUUAUAAUGAAUACAGAUGGUAUUCAAUUAGCUAAAAAUUCUAAUUCAUCUCUUUGGAUUUUCACUUUUGUAAUCAAUGAAAUUAAAAGAAGCGAACGUUUUAAAUUAAAAAAUAUAAUAGUAGGUGCCAUUGUAUCAAGCGCAUCAAAAUCUAGUCGUCAUCAGAUGCGGACGAUUCUUUCACCAAUAGUUGAAGAGUUGCUUGUAUUGGAACAAGGUGAAGCUUUUGAAGUGAAAAGUAUAACGGUAGUCAUCAAACCGAAAUCAAAGAAAAAAAUUCGAGUUUUUCCUCUUGUUUCUGCUCACCAACAACAACCUCGUUUACGUACAAAUGAAACUUACGAUAUAUUUAUGAAUACUUACGAGAAAGAACGUUUCACAAACAAUAAUGAACUUCGCGAUCGAUUACGUGGUCAUAUAGGCCCUUGUGCUCUUCGCAGUCUUACUUAUUUCGACGUUGGAACCAGUUUUUUAUCUGAUUCGUUGCAUAACAUAUAUCAUGGUGUAAUGAAACGACUGCUUCAUCUUUGGUUUGACAAAAAACAUCAGAAGCAAGCUUGGAGUAUUCGUUCAAAGUUAAAAAUAGUUGAUCAUUAUCUUUCUUCAAUAAAAUAUCCAUCAACAUCAACGCGUAUACCUCGAUGUAUAGCAAAAUAUGAAAAAUACAAAGCUAAUGAAGCUCGAAGCAUUUUAUUAUUUGGCUUUUCUGCUUUUUGUAUUGUUUUACCACUCAAAUAUGCAAGACAUUUUCUUAUGCUUGUCGUGGGAGUACAUAUAGCUGAAUCUCGUACUAUUCGUCGCACUCAAAUAGAGGAUAUUCGUCUGAUACUCAAUCGUUUUUUACAGCAAUUUCCAAUUCUUUAUUCACCCAGAAAUAAUUCUCAAUCUGUACAUAGUAUACAUCAUGUAGCUGCAUCUGUUUUAGAAUAUGGCUCAUUAAGCAAUUAUUCCACCUUUAACUUUGAAAAUAUUCUAGGUUUAAUUACUUCCACCGUUCAUUCUACUCGUCGACAUGCGUGCGAAAUUCACAACAACUUGAAACUACUUCGCUUGGCUUUAAUUGAAUUUGAUCGUCCUUCAUUUAACAACAAUUUAAAACAUUUUAUUAACAGCUGCCAGUCGACUAAACGUCCUGUUGUAUCAUUCUUAAUGAAUGAAAAUCAAAUGGUUCAUUUUCGACAGGAAGACGUUAACAAAGCCACGCUCAGCGAACUUCAACAUCUACUUCGUCAACAGGAUAUUAAAUUGUUUAAAAUUUGCUAUAUUUUUACAAAUCGUUUCACUAUCAUCCGAUAUCGCUCUUCAGGUCAAAAGGAUGAUAGUUGUUUAUUGUUCUUACUUGGUGGUCAACCAUGUAUUGGAUUUAUACAGAAUAUCAUUCAAGUUCGUCGUGUUGAAUUACUUUUACGUAUUUGCAAAGUAAGCGUAAAAGAUCAAUUGUGUCUUAAUUUUAACAACACAAAAUUAUCUUGCCCGAACAUCUUCUAUGGAGAUAUCGAUAUGCACAAUAGCAACGUUUUCAUAAAAGCUGAGGCCAUCAUCGAAAAGAUUAUAUAUGUGUACAAUAAACAGUUGAAAUGUUAUGUAUUUUCACGUAUACCUAAUCUUUGUGAAUCCUCAUGA